UCAAAGUCAACUUUUCUUCAUUCCCCUUCUCAUUCUCAAUUCUAUUUCAAUUUCAUUUCACUUCUCCUUUCUCAUUCGAUUCUGCAUGUCAUACAGCACCUGCAUGCACCAAUGGCUUCUCAGUUUCUCGACAACUUCAAGAUUCCCGAUUACAUUCUCGUACCUGGUUCCAAGGUUGAGAAUGCCGCUCAUGUCCCGCUGUGUCCGGUUCUGGUUUUCGUCAACUCCAAGAGUGGGGGUCAGCUCGGUGGUGAUAUCUUGAAAACCUAUCGCACUCUUCUUAAUCAAAAUCAGGUUUUUGAUUUGGGGGAACAUGCUCCUGAUAAGGUGCUCAGAACAGUUUAUGCCAAUUUGGAAAGCCUCAAGCUACGUCGUGAUCAGUUUGCUAUAAAGAUCGUCGAGAGGUUGAAGUUAAUUGUUGCAGGGGGUGAUGGAACAGCAGGAUGGCUUCUUGGAGUUGUUUGUGAUCUCAGAUUAUCUCAUUCUCCACCAAUAGCCACCGUUCCCUUGGGCACAGGGAAUAAUCUACCUUUUGCAUUUGGUUGGGGGAAGAAAAACCCGGGGACAGAUCAAGGCUCAGUUGAGGCAUUUUUAGAUCAAGUCAUGAAAGCAAAGGAAAUGAAAAUUGACAACUGGCACAUUCUCAUGAGAAUGAGAGCUCCUAAAGAAGGUUCCUGUGACCCAAUUCCACCACUUGAGCUACCACAUUCUUUGCAUGCCUUCCAUCGUGUGUCUGAAGCAGAUGAACUUAAUAUGGAAGGUUGCCACACAUUUCGUGGGGGAUUUUGGAAUUACUUCAGCAUGGGAAUGGAUGCUCAAGUGUCUUAUGCAUUUCAUUCAGAACGAAAGCAGAAUCCUGAAAAAUUUAAAAACCAGUUGAUUAAUCAGACUACUUAUGCUAAGCUUGGAUGCACACAAGGAUGGUUUUUUGCUUCUCUGUUGCAUCCUGCUGACAGGAACAUAGCACAACUUGCAAAAGUAAAAUUCAUGAAAAGGCAUGGCGAAUGGCAAGACCUAGUCAUACCUCCCAGCAUCCGGUCAAUUAUAUGUCUUAACUUGCCCAGCUUUUCUGGUGGACUGAAUCCAUGGGGAACACCAAACAGCAAGAAGCAGCGUGAUAGAGAUCUGACACCGCCAUUUGUCGAUGAUGGCCUUAUAGAGGUUGUUGGUUUUAGAAAUGCAUGGCAUGGGCUUGUUUUGCUUGCUCCAAAAGGACAUGGGACUCGUCUUGCUCAGGCACACAGAAUCCGGUUUGAAUUUCACAAAGGUGCAGCAGAUCAUACAUUCAUGAGGAUUGAUGGGGAACCUUGGAAGCAACCUCUUCCAGUUGAUGAUGAUACUGUUGUGGUAGAGAUUUCUCACCUUGGCCAGGUUAACAUGCUUGCCACUCAUAAUUGCAAGUCUAAAAGUGUGUACGAUCCAUCAUCACCACAUCGUGGGGACGAGGAAGACGACAGUGAUGAAGAAGACUCUAUAGCAGAGGAAUUUCGGAAGUUUGGUGCAGCAGAUACAUUUAAAAUCCCAGACCAUGUUGAGCUUUCUCAUCUUAGUUAGGUCCUUCAUUAUUAAGGCAUUCUUUAGUGUUACUCCGUUGACAUUUCCCAUACUAGUUAACCCCUUCCAAAUAUCUGUAGCUUCUAUCAAGGUUGCAGCUAAUUUGCUCAUUUCUAGCAGUAUUAUGCCUCAAACAUGAUAACUGUAUUUAGAUACAAUAAUUGGUUUUUUCUCAACA